UGUUUUAAUGGAAUAAACACUGGAAUUGAGAUCACCAAGAGAAUACAUGAAAUGGUCUUCAUGGCAUCAUCAACAACACAUAAUCAUGACAGAAAAAACUGUAGCAGCAUGAACCUGUUUAUCGCCACCAUCGUGAUUGCGUUCAGAAUUUACUGCUGCAAUGGAGAAACAGUGAUAGAGCCAAAAGGAACACCUGAUUCAGCUGUUUGGGUUGUUCAGCUUUCCGAUCUUCAUCUCAGCGUUCAUCAUCCAAACAGAGCCCUUGAUUUCACCAAUCUUGUGGGUCACGCUCUUUCCUUCAUCAACCCCUCCCUCGUCCUCAUCACCGGUGACCUCACAGAUGGUAAAAGCAAGGAUUUGCUAACAAUGAAGCAGAAUGAGGAUGAAUGGGUGGAGUACCGGAAUGUGAUGGAUGGUGUUAUUGAGAGAAGUGGACUUCACAAGAGUUUGUUCUUUGACCUCAGAGGAAACCAUGAUAGUUUUGGUGUUCCCGUUGUUGGUGGUUCCUUUGAUUUCUUUUCCAAAUACAGUGUUAAUGGACAAUUGGGCAGAAAUAGGAGUGUCAAUAGUGUCACCCUUGAGACUAAGGAGCGGAAACAUCUCUUUGUUGGGAUUGAUACCACAAUGUCAGCUGGAGCUGGCUUACGAGGUCCAACUAAUGUUUUCGGGCAUCCCACAGAUCAAUUACUAAAGGAUUUGGACUUGGAACUCUCACACUGGGAUUCUCAGUCAGAAAAACCAGUCACCAAAAUAUCCUUUGGGCACUUUCCACUCUCAUUUUCUGCACCCUCUAGUUCUGGAAGAACCUUAAAAGAAGUUUUCCUAAAGCAUUCCAUAUCAGCCUACCUGUGCGGGCAUCUUCAUUCUAGGUUUGGCAAGAACUUAAAGCGGCACCAUCAGUUGAGUAAUCGUUUCUUAUCCCUGCAGAAUUUUUUUCAGUUUAACGUACAUCAAAAUUCUUUUGAAAGCACUGUAAAUUGUUCAAUCGGAGCCCCUCCACAAGAGUUUUGGGAGUGGGAGAUAGGUGAUUGGAGAAAGAGUAGAGCCAUUCGAAUUUUAGCCAUUGAUAGAGGUCAUGUUUCGUAUGUCGAUCUUGAUUUCAAAUCAGGGGCCAAACAUGCAAUUAUAUUGCCCACAUUUCCUUUAGACUCUCGCUUCAUGCAGACAUCUUCUUGGCAUCAUAACUAUGAAUGCCAAUCUGUGGCCUCUUCAUCUUAUGAGACAAUUCGAGCUCUGGUAUUUUCUGCUUCUCCAGUUGAGUCUGUUGUGGCUAGGGUCUAUGAUUCACGAUACGGAGAUCUUGUUUUAGUUGUAGAAGCCCAUAUGACCAAGCGUGCUGAUGAGAAUUCCAGGGGGAACCUCUAUGUGGCGCCAUGGAAUUACAAAGCCUUUGAGGAUACUUCUCCUGAUAGAUUUUGGUUUCAAAUUGAAUCAAAUGACAUCAUGGGCAGAUCAACUUUGACAGAGUUAAGGCCAUUUUCUAUUAAUGGUCAUAGCUUCAGGCUUUCUUGGAGCUGGAAGGAGUUUUUUGUCAUGGGAUGUCAAUGGGCCUCCUUAUAUUACCCAUUAUUAUGGUCUGCUUUGGGCUUUAUGUUCUCCUUUCUUCUUGUUCCAAAAGCUCUCCUUUUUUUCCAAAUGAAUUUAUACACUUACAGGAACUUUAUCGCCAAUAAAGGCGUAGUAAAUGGUGCAUUAUGGAUUCUCCAGGAGCUCUGCAGAGUUCCGACAUUAUGGUUUGGUUGGAUAGGAUACCUGUUCUAUCUUAUAUUGUUCCCCUGGUUUAUGGGGCAAGUUUUUACUGAAGGAAAAAGUACGGUGUACAUGACCUAUAUGGGUUGGGCUGUAGAGACUUCUAAUGGAAAGGGGAAGUUUGAAUGGGUUGGAUUCCCAGAUAUUAUGGUGUUGGUUCUUCCUCAUAUAUUAUUUGUGGUUUUGCCUGCAAUUUUGGUCACUGGUGCUUUGACUGCUGAACGAGCAAUUUACCGGGAACGCGUGUUAGCAUUAUCAGGAAAGAAAAAAGAUGAUAUUGAUUUGAACUCCAGAAGACCUUUAUUAAAUGGCAACCAUAACAGCACAAUAUCCACUCUCCACCUUGGCAAGCGAUGGAUUCGGAAGCUUCUUUGUGUGGUUUGCUUGGCAAUAUGUUGGAAGCAUAUUAUGAAUUGCAGAAAUCUUGUAAAAGCUUAUGAUAUGAACCCAGUACUCCAUUUCCUGGGUUAUGGUCUUUCAAUCCCCUUGUUAUUGGCAUAUGCUGUCAGCAAAACCAGAAAUGCUCAAUGAAACUUGUUUGAAGGAUUCACAUGUACUCAUCUUUGACCAAAUCUGCACACGUGGAUUCUACUACAAAAGCACAGACCUGGAUUCGGAUCAGUUCUAAAAUUGAUUGAAACUAGCAAAGUCAACAAAUAUUCCACACUUGUCGACAGGCAACAAGAGUGCUGGUUGGUUUUCCUCUACCAACCCGAACGUCCCAUUCUAAAUGAUGGUAUUUCUGUUGUUUGUACUCUAAGGCAUUGUUGUCCUGUUUAGUUUAUGAACUGUGCUGUUAGAAGAGAAAAGAAGGCUAUGCAUAAUGCAGUAUGCAUCGUGGUUUGUUGGUUUUGCUGGGGUCGAAGAAGGAUGCAACACAGUUGUUAUAAUGGCCGAGUCACUUAACAAAGACUAAUUUUUGUAGAGUAGAAAGUAAAUUUACCAAUUAACUACCGAAUUGUGAUAUUGUUGUGUUUUUUUUGUGCACGUCAAAUUCAAAUUACUUGAUAAAUAUAUUCUAUUAAGCAUAAUUUCCUAAUAUUUUGGAAA